AUGAUCUUGUCUCCACAAAGCGGCUCUUUGAAGUCGGGAAAAUUGUUGGCCGUGAUGGGUCCCUCUGGGGCAGGGAAGUCUACGUUUCUGGAUCUCAUCAGCCAACGUGUCCAGCCUUCAGAUCAGAAUGCCUCGAUUUUAUUCGAUGGGACUGCCGAUUUUAAAAUGAGAGAUAUAGGUUCAUACGUGGAGCAGGAAGAUGCUCUUAUAGGUGUUCUCACUGUCCAUGAGACGGUGGACUAUGCAGCCCGGCUAAGUCUUCCCCCUUCAGCGCCCCGACCCGCCAUAUCACAAUUGGUCUCAGAUACAUUAACUUCGCUAGGUUUAACUUCAGUACGAAAUAACCGAAUCGGGACCCCCAUUCAGCGAGGUGUCUCGGGUGGCGAAAAGCGUAGAGUUACGAUCGCAUGCAGCGUUGUAUCACGUCCCAAAGUAUUGGUGCUGGAUGAGCCUACCAGUGGGCUGGAUAGUACGGGUGGUUGGGGUGUAGUUCAAUCAAUGAAGAAGCUGGCUCGGAAAACGAAUACGAUCGUUAUUGCGACCAUUCAUCAACCGAACUGGGAGACAUUUUCGCUAUUUGACGAAGUCCUAUUUCUCGCAAGAGGAAAGUGCGUUUACCACGGUCCGAUAAGCGGAGUUAUUCCAUACUUCUCCCAAGUUGGCCAUCCUUGUCCGCCACACUCAAAUCCCGCAGACCACGUUAUCAGUCUCAUUAAUGUCGACUUCUCACACUCAGUCACCACCACAAGUCCACCCUCAGAACAGGAGAUUGAAGUUCGUCCUACUCCAGACGUUCCCCUUACCCAACCUGGUGCUUUGUCACAGGAAGAUCAUGAGAGACGGGUGCAGUAUCUUGCAGAUUCUUGGUCUGAGAGAGGAGCUGCAUUCAUUGCUUCUUUACCUACUCCGGUGGAAGGAGAACAUGGAAAUACCACUGGGGAAACCGCUGGUAGUGAGGAACUUGCGGAACGUGUCCUACCAAUGGCGUUAUCACUUCGUGUGGAGAGUAGGGGAAGGGGUCUUGGGAAUGCACUGAAUUUAUCGGUAUAUCGGACGGGGAUUCUCAUGGAGAGGAGCGUGCUUAAUUAUAGGCGGAAUUUGCUGGCGUAUGGAAUUCGUGUUGGAAUGUAUGCCGGUAUAGGUUUGCUUCUGGCUACUAUUUGGAUCAAUCUUGGCACGAAGGACACUAAGAUUAAUGAUAGGCUUUCGGUCCAUUUUUUCUCCGUUGCAUUCCUUGGCUUCAUGAGUGUGGCGGGCAUUCCAUCUUUCCUUGAAGAGCGAGCCGUGUUUGUUCGAGAGAGGAACAAUGGGCUUUACGGUCCAGGCGCAUACGUCAUUGCCAAUUCACUCGUGACGAUACCAUUUCUCUUCAGUUGUUCGGUUCUUUUUGCUGUCAUCUGUUACUGGGCCAUCGGCUUGCGUCCGGGAGCGACCGCUUUCUUCCGUUUCUUAUCGUUUCUCUUCCUGGGAGUUUACAAUGCCGAGGCACAGUCCGUUUUCGUUGCUGCUGUCAUCCCUAUAUUCGUGGCGGCGCUGGCUAUCGCGUCAUUCAUGAAUGGGUUUUGGAUGUGCGUCCAAGGGUAUUUCAUCCGUGCUGUCAGCUUGCCGAGGUUCUGGUAUUAUUGGGCACAUUGGAUUGAUUAUCAGACAUUCGCGUUUAACCUGCUAGUGCGGAAUGAUUUGACGGGACUGGUCUUCCAAUGCACAAGACUUGACAACGGAGGAUGUCAAUGCUCAUAUCCUAGUUCACUCGUUGCCUCUGGGCAGUGCGCACUGACUGGCGAGGAUGUUUUGGAUAACCUUGGUAUUGGAGGAUUCAGUAUUGGGUUGUACGCGGGGAUUAUGAUUCUGAUCGCGGUCAUUUAUCGCGUGUUGUUCUAUGUCGCGUUGUUACUACGGAAGCGAUGA